AGAUAAAGGAAAUAAUUCUGCCUUAAAAAUGUCAUAUGCUUACCUUUCAAGUAUAUUAUCAUCGAGACACAGGUGUGGGAAAGUCAUGUCUGCUAUUACAAUUCACUGACAAGCGUUUUCAACCAGUACAUGACCUGACAAUUGGUGUGGAAUUUGGAGCUCGAAUGAUCACUAUUGAUGGAAAACAGAUAAAACUUCAGAUAUGGGAUACAGCUGGACAAGAGUCAUUCAGGUCUAUUACCAGGUCAUACUACAGAGGUGCUGCUGGUGCUUUACUUGUCUAUGACAUUACAAGACGAGACACGUUCAAUCAUCUGACUACGUGGCUAGAAGAUGCACGGCAGCAUUCCAACUCCAACAUGGUUAUCAUGCUUAUUGGCAACAAAAGUGAUCUGGAAUCGAGGAGAGAUGUGAAGAAGGAAGAAGGUGAGGCAUUUGCCAGGGAACACGGACUUGUUUUUAUGGAGACAUCUGCAAAGACUGCAGCAAAUGUUGAAGAGGCAUUCAUCGGGACUGCAAAUGAAAUCUUUAGGAAGAUCCAGGAAGGUGUUUUCGAUAUUAACAAUGAGGCAAACGGCAUCAAGAUAGGGCCUCAACAUUCACCCAGCAACCCGAACAUGCCCCAGGGUGGUGGCCUUGCUAAUCCCGGAGGUGGUGGCUGCUGCUAAGACCAAGUACUAUGUGUUGUACAUUUACAUCGGAACAGCCAAAGUUGCUUAUCAGAGUGAAUUGCGUGUACAACUGAAUAGUAUAAGGAGUGUAUCCAAAAAAAAUUAAAACAAUUUGAAAUGCAUGCACGAACAGGGACCUUUAUUAUGAUGUAAAAAUUUCUUUUGGUGCAAGCUGGCUGUGCCCUUAAAUGCAUUCCUCAGUUGCUUUGUGCAAAGGGAGUGGCUGUGUUAGGUGCGUGAAAUAAAUACUGGUACUCCUGAAAUUUUAGUCACACAGUCGUCAAGAAAUGAGCAUAUGGACGUCGUUGUCUUAUAAAUAAUUGUGAGUCAAGUACGGAUUAUCCCCGACUGUGGUACUUUCUGCGUUCCAAAGCUGAACGUGUCACUGCUCAGCUUUCGACAGCCACAAACAAUUUCGUGUAUGCUGGUCUAUUUUGUCUAGUCAGGUCAUGGCGAUAUCUCUGUAUAGAAGGAUGAGCCGAGUUCAAUAUCAUUGUUUUCUUGUGACAUUAUUUAGAAUAAAUUUUCAGUAUUGUGUCAUGUUUCGUUGGUAUCAGAGGAUAGCAUUUCAUUCUUGACACAAGUUUGCCAACAGGUAAAUUCUGCAGAAAUGGAAUACGCUGUAUUCUUACUAGGUAUAUGCUAUUUCAUCUUUUUUUAAUUUCUCACAAAUAUUAUUCAUUUUGCUUAUAAUUCAAGUCAUUUUUAUGCUCGGAAACACGUUUCUGUUUUCAGUUUCAUGUACAUAAUUCAAACUACAUUAAUUAUUCCCUUGAGUUAUUUUUUGGAAAUGCACAUUGAAGUAGAAACCACGGCAAACUUAUGGGGUCUCUGGCUUUGUAACGGGUACCCUUUUCAUGAAAAUUAAAAAAUUAUUAAAAAGGUUACAUAUGCACGCACGAACUGACGCACGUACACAAUUGUGUUGUGCAUUUUAACUUGUGAAUUUAUUGUGCAUGUAACACUGUAAAAUGUUAAUGUUGUAUGAGCACAUGGUAAUUAAUCAUUUGUUAGUGAUAGAUCUGUAAUAUUGAGUGUUCAAUCUGCAUUAGCCGUAGUCCACAUUCAGCACAAUGUCUGUUAUUUCAAUUCUCAGCAACCACGUAGGUAUUCUGUCUUUAUUGUGCUGCACCAACAACAGAGACGUUCUGUCUUUGUUGUGCUGCACCAAUCAUGCGGACGUUCUGCAUGUGUUGUGCUGCACCAACCAUGCGGACGUUCUGCAUGUGUUGUGCUGCACCAACCAUGCGGACGUUCUGCAU